AUGAACAAUAUCGGAAUUGUAAAGAAAGUUCUCAGCUCGGGAAGAGGUCCUUUACCUGAAUACGUCAAAGAUACGAAGGUGUGGAUAGACUACGAGGUAUUGGUACCCAAAGUGGACACUACAAAAGAAGGUUUUCCAGAAGAUCAAUCACAAUACAAGUCAGUAGACAACACCAAAAAACAAUGGCCAGACGGCUACGGAGAGCCUCUCGAGCUAGUCAUUGGUAGGAAGUUCCAAUUGCCAGUUCUAGAGACCUGUGUUAAGAGUAUGCAUGUCAAUGAGGUGGGUUUGAUCAAUAUUUUAACUCGUAAUAUCUAAAAAACUCUUACGUUUUUAUAUAUUGGUCUACAGCCUCUAUGAACCUCUAUGCAAAUUUUACGGUAAUAAAAAAAAUUUAAGAUCUGCCAAUUUGACAUCGAGAUGAAACAAGUGGCAUCCUUCCCUUUGGUCGCCAAAAAGUUGAGAGACAUUAGUCGAGCUCGAGUCGACCCAAAAUACGUUCAUCAUGAACAACAUCAUUGUGCUGGAAUGGGGGUUCCCAAGUAAGUGGAGAUAAAAUCAGUAGAAGAAAACAAAGUGAAUAGUACUUCGUAGUAAAUAUAAUAUGCGUAUACUUUAAUGUUUUUCAGGACAGGCUACAAAGAAUUGGAUGAUCUCAUCGAAAACCCUAGAGACUUGAGGUUCAGGAUCCAUUUGUUGCGACUGGAGCAGCCAGACGAGUACCACGCUGACAAUUGGCAGCUGAAUCCAGAGCAAAGACAGGAGAAGGUUAAGGAGCUGAAGGAACGUGCUAACGGGUUAGUUCGAGAGGUAAUGCUUACUUUUAUAUUAUACUACUACUUUAUUGUGUCAUACAUUUUAAACAUCUAGAAAUAUUGAUAAAGACAGUGGUACUGGAUUACCCAAAAAAGAAAGGCAUGAUACACUAAUAGUACUACUUUCAGGGAAAGCAUUCCGUAGCCAUAGAUGAGUACAAAGAAGCCUUGACUCUCCUUGAUCAACUUAUGUUAAUGGAGAAGCCAGGCGAGCCAGAAUGGAAGGAAUUAGAAGCCCAGACAGUACCAUUGUACAGUAACCUCGCCUUGUGUUACCUGGCGCUUCAAAGCUAUCGUGAAGCCGGGAACGCGGCUACAGAAGCGUUGAAGCGAGAUCCUACGAAUGAGAAGGCUCUGUUUAGAAGAGCCAAAGCUCGAGUUCAGCUCUAUGAGUUUGAUGAAGUAGGUAUAGUCGAGUAGGCAGAAAUGAUAUGCUUUAACUGGUUUUUACGGCAUUUUGGAUGAGCCACGGCUGAUGUAUCAAAAAUUUAUAGCUGAUGUUAAAAUUUUUACAAAACUUAAAAAAAUUGAUUUUUGAUUGGGGAGGGGUUAGACAAGACUUGGGCAAUAGUUAACAUUUUUACUUUAGGCUGAAGAAGAUUUGUCACUUUUCCUCGAACAUUAUCCAAACAAUGAAAAGCUAGUCCUGGACGAGCGCAAGAAACUGUCUAGCCUGAAAUCGGACAAAACUGCUAACGAAAACAACUUGUUCAAGAAAAUGGUCGCUAAAUGA